AGAUUGUGCACGUGACCCGGAAGUUACAGCACGAGGCGCUGGCAGCGGUCGCGCUUGUGUUCAGAGGACAGCGGUGUUUGUGGGAGUUGGAGCUGUAGUUCGGUAGGGACGAUGUCUUCAGAACCUCAGCAAGAUUCUGCCAGCGAACAACUUUCUGCUGAAGAAAUCUUCCGACUCUGUGAAGAAACCAUCCUCCAGUACAAGGAGGAGCUGCGCCGUCAGCGCAGACUGCUGGAUGUCGUCAGGAAACCACAGCUGCAGCAGGUCCACCACGCCAUAGUCCUCCCGCAGCAUUAUGUGACUGAAGAGGAUUUCUGCAACCACGAUAGGACCAUCAGAGUGGAACAGGAAGAACCAGAAAUACCACAAAUUAAAGAGGAACAGGCGGAACCAGAACCUCCACAGAUUAAAGAGGAGCUAGAAGAACUCUGCAUAAAUCGAGAUGAAGAGCAGCUUGAUCUGAAGCAGGAGACUGAUACCUUGAUGGAGAUUCCUACUUAUGAGAUAAAUGAGAACAGUGAAGCAGAUCUAAGCAACCAGAAGAGCUUUGAUAGUCCAGAUGAAAACCCCACUUCAACUACAGAUGAGGAUAUAGACCCACAGAACAGUGAACAGAGGAUCCCUAGAGACUGUAAAGAAUGCGGUGAAAGUUUUGGUAACUUGUCUCAAUGUAGAUUUCACAUGAAAUUACAUAAGAAAGGGAAGCAUUUUGUUUGUAAAGUAUGUAAUAUAAGUUGUAGUAAAAUAGCUAACCUUAAAACGCAUAUGAGAAUUCAUACAGGAGAGAAGCCUUUUUCUUGUAAAGAGUGUGAUAAAAGUUUUAGUCGCAAUUUAAAUCUCAAAAUACACAUGAGAACUCAUACAGGAGAAAAGCCUUUUUCUUGUAAAGAAUGUAAUAGAAGAUAUAGUGAUUUAUCUAAUCUAAAAACACACAUGAGAACCCACACAGGAGAGAAGCCUUUUUCUUGUAAAGAAUGUGACAUACGUUUUAGUCAAAUAUCUUGUCUCAAAAGACACAUGAUAACUCACACUGGAGAGAAACCUUUUCAAUGUAAGCAUUGUGAUAAACAUUUUAGUCGCAUGGGUAAUCUCAAAACUCACAUAAGAACUCACACAGGAGAAAAGCCUUUUUCUUGUAAGGAAUGUGAUUCAAGGUUUAGUGAUAAAUCUCAUCUCAAUAAACACAUGAGAACUCACACAGGAGAGAAGCCUUUUACUUGUAAAGAAUGUGACAAAAGUUUUAGUCACACGUGUAAUCUGAAAACACAUAUAAGAACUCAUACAGGAGAGAGGCCCUUUUCUUGUAAAGAAUGUGAUAAAAGUUUUCAUGACUUAUCUAAUCUCAAAAAACACAUCAGAAGUCACACACACAAGAGAAAACAUAUUCCUUGUAAAGACUGAUAGAAGUUGUAGAUUAAUAUAUACUCUUAAUUUACUCAUGAGAACUCAUAAAGGAGAAGAGGCUUUUUCUUGUAAAUGCUUUUGUUUGAACUCCUAAUUUUAGGAAAAAUAGGAAAACUUACCAGAGAACUUCUGCAGUAAAAGACAUGAGAGGGAAAUAUGGUGAAACAGUAACACUUUUCUUUUGAUCAAGAAAUAAACUAGAAUUUGAUACAGAACUUGUACCUACAGAUUGAAUGUUUGUUUUAUUGUCAUGCUUUUAUUUUAUCUGGGAAAAAAGUUGUCUUAAAAAAUUAAAAUAUUUUGAAAAAAGGUUUUUAAUAUUUAAAACUCCUGGGGUUCCACCCAAAUCUGCUAAUUCACGCCCAAAACUAAUGAAAAAUGAAAAGGUCUCUUUGUUUGAGUCAGUAGAAUAGAAUAGAUUCUGAGGCACCUCAUGCUGCCCUUUGCUGACAAGAUUUGUGGAUAUUCAGAUUUCCAGCAGGACUUGCCAUUUUCCCACACUUAUAUCCAUAUGUACUUCAGUGAACAUGACGUUACUGUUUUUGAUCAACUAGUAACAUCCUCAAAUCUGAAUAAAUAACAAAAAUCUAUAAACCGUUUUCAAGAGUAGGAUUUUACACCAGACCCAACAAUGAAGACGACCUGAAGUCGGCAUAACAGAGGGUAUUAAUGCCGUAAUACAAGUAAAAGGAGGCAUAAGUAAGUAUUGAAUGUAUAGAAAUUAACAGAUUUCUGAACUCUGGCACGCGUUCUGAAAAACAAAACUUUUUGUACACGGUUUGUAUGUAGAGCCUGAAAACAGACAUGAAAACUUGCAUAGCAACACGUGAAUGCAAGAGUUUUGAUAGCCAGAAAUGCAGGUUUAUAGGCGUUUACAUAGAUUUUACAUUGAAAGUGGAAUUUUAAGCGACCACAAUGACACCAAGUCAUAUAUCGAAAUAGAGCUGCCAAAGAAAAAGACCAAAACUGUAUUUGCUGUUUGAUGAGCUUCUUCCAACUGCAGGUAAAUGCACUAGUAUAGGAUAGCAAAUGUCCACUGUGAAACUAUACGCUAAUAGUGCCACACAUGCCCGGUGUGUACGUAGCAUAACAGUUAAAUCUUCAUCUCUUGAAUGGUUUUUACUAGUUUAAAUGUACCAUUUCUUUUUGUAAUGGCAUUGUCUGUUGUAUUUUUGGAGAAAUUUUGCUUAACAAUCAAAAAGCAAUGUAUAGUUUCUGUUGGAUGAUUAUAAUUAGUAAUUUCCUUUUUUCUAUUAUUUGCUUUAAAGUUGCUUAGUUGAUCAUAGUUAUGCUAGCUGUUUAAUUCUGUGUUACCAUGACAACAUUCAAAAUAUUUUGGAUACACCUCUAAUUCUAACACUUUUUGUGUGAUUCGUGAACAUUUCCUUUUGUUUUAAAAUAAAACUGACUGCAGUUCUUAUUUUCUUGAGUCAUGUUAGCACGUUACCAUUUUGUGAAGAAAAAAAUGUUGAAAUAAGGAGUCAAAUAAACAACCAGAAUUGUG